UGUGCGCGGGACCGGCGCGGCGGCGGUUUGGUCGUGCCGGCGUGUCCCGCGGUCCGGCCACUUCCAUCUGCGCUGGCGCCUCCUUAUUUAUUUUUUGGGGGGGACAAACGAGUUUUUUUGUUUUUUGGGUUUUUUCUUUUUUUUCCCCAUCUGCCUUCCUGCCCGCGGGACUAAGGCGACCUCAAUGAAGGAAAGAAGAGCGAGCCAGAAAUUAUCCAGCAAGGCGGUCAUGGAUCCUAACCAGAACGUGAAGUGCAAGAUCGUGGUGGUGGGGGACAGCCAGUGCGGGAAGACGGCGCUGCUCCACGUCUUCGCCAAGGACUGCUUCCCGGAGAGCUACGUCCCGACGGUGUUUGAGAACUACACGGCCAGCUUCGAGAUCGACGCGCAGCGCAUCGAGCUCAGCCUCUGGGACACCUCGGGAUCCCCUUACUAUGACAAUGUCCGUCCACUCUCUUACCCAGAUUCUGAUGCUGUCUUGAUUUGUUUUGACAUUAGUCGGCCAGAAACUCUUGACAGUGUGCUAAAAAAGUGGAAAGGUGAGAUCCAGGAGUUCUGCCCUAACACCAAAAUGCUUUUGGUCGGUUGCAAGUCAGAUCUGCGCACAGAUGUGAGCACGCUAGUAGAGCUCUCCAAUCACAGGCAGACACCAGUGUCCUAUGAUCAGGGUACAAAUAUGGCCAAACAGAUUGGAGCAGCAACGUAUAUUGAAUGCUCAGCCUUACAGUCAGAAAACAGUGUCAGAGACAUUUUUCAUGUUGCCACCUUGGCAUGCGUGAAUAAAACAAAUAAAAAUGUUAAACGAAACAAAUCACAGAGGGCAACGAAGCGAAUUUCACACAUGCCUGGCAGACCAGAACUUUCCACAGUGGCUACAGAUUUGCGAAAGGACAAAGCAAAGAGUUGCACUGUGAUGUGAAGGACCUAGAUUACCUUAAGAAGGAGGAAGAGUGUGUUUGGGAGAAGAGAAGACUCAAUGAAGUAUGCAGCCAUGUGGUAUAUAAUGAGGGCUUAUGCCAGUGCUUUAAAGGAUACUCUUCACCUGUUGUGUGAGACUGUACUUAGGAACUGAGCAUGUAGACCAAGCAGUGAGAAGAAAUGGCUCUAAAUGAGGUGGCAUCAAGAAAUGUUAUAUGGAAGAAAAUGCCAAAAAAGGAAAACAUUUGAAUGUGCUAAGAAAAGAGAGAAUGAAUGGAAAAAUAGCACCACAAAGAAGAGAGAUGUCCUUGACAGUGCUUGUUUGUUUUGUUAAUGCUCUACUCCUGGAUGCUACCAGUUUCAUUUCGAUAAAAUAAUACUUUUUUUUUUAGCAGACUUACUAUUAAUAUGCCCUCCUCCUUAGGAAGCUAUCCCUGUGACUUAUAGUUGGUUUUCCAGAGGAUAUGAUAUAACUUUCUAGUAGCUCACCAUUAAAAUGGAAAUUACAUGAAGGCCCAUGGGUCACCUAGAGGAAAACACUGUAUGGGAGAAGUUUGGCGUUUGUCUUGCUGAGAUGGCAGCACAACCUAAACUUGAGCAAGUUGGUGAUGAAGAUGACCGUGUGAGACUUCCCAGUAUUACAGGUGCCCUCGCUACAGGUCAGAUUGGCAUGUGGGGGCAACCUGCCCAUUACAGGACCCUUGACUUUCCAUUCCUCUUUGUGAUUGUAAUUUAAAAUGGAAAUGAUCUCAAAUUCUGGUGUACUGUAUGGGUAUGUCACUGUAGGUUCAACUACAAAAUCAAAUGAAAGGUGCUAAGAGCUAUGAUUAAAAAUGGUCCUUAGUUUUUAAAAAGUAAUUCAUUAAGCCUUACUGCCCUUGUGGGGAAGCUCUGAGACUCCUCUGCUUCUAUUAGGCCUUGAAGAGCCCAGCGGUUCCCAAGAUCUAGCCCUCUGCAAACGCUCUGGAGAAGUGCUAUUCUGUGAUAGGGUUCUCUGCAAUUAUGUUUAAACAAAACCACAAAUCUGCAAAUGAGCCAGCAGAGCCAAAUCAGCUUGUAUGCAAUACACUCUCAUAUGGUGAUUUGGGGCAACCAUCUCUUGUUACAGGUUUCAUUUGCUCACAGCGAGCACUGUGAGGAAAUGGAGUCUGCAGAACUGUGACGCCUUAAGGGGUCCCCAGCGGAAACUAGAUACUGCAGUUAGUCUUUAAGACGAAUAUAUACAUAUCCAGACAAUGAUCGUUAAGCAUAACUUCAGUGAACCAGAUGAGUCGAAUUCUUUUUAGCUUACUGAUUACUCUUGUUAAAUAAAUCAGCCUUUAAAAUAGUUUGCAACUGUUUACUGACCAACCUCACUUCAUGGCUUCUCUCAAAGAAAGGAUACUGUAAGCUCGAACCAGUGUGGCUGUAGCUUGUUGAGAACAAGCAUUGUUUCCAAUGAUAAUGCUUCGUUUUUGAAGUAUUAAAGCUGUGUUCAUGUUGACUUGUGUAAAGGUAAAGGAUUACCAUAGUUAAUACUCAGCUCCAUGUGUUCCCAGCACUUUGUUUCAUCUGCUAAAAGGAGGAAAAAAAAAAUCCAAUUUCCAACAAAAAGGCAUUUUUACCACCAUUAAUAAGCUUUUGACUGAUGCAACCAUGCGCUUAGGGCAGUAUUACAAAAUAGCUGGUAAGUGCUUUCUGUAUUUAAAUAUUGUGAAAAGAAAAUAAGUUAUAACUGUUACAAAACAGGACAUCCAUUACUUUUUUUUUAUUGUUGAAGUCACUUUGUACGUUUGGUUAAUGUUUCUGCAGUAUUUAUUAAAAUACCUUUUUUUCUUUGAAUAAAAAAAAAAAGUAAUUGAGUUGUAGUGUAAA